AUGCCUCUUUUUGCUGCAUCGGUAUCGUCCCUUAAGACAGGGUCCGGAUUUCGGCUGCUCGAACUCGAAUGCCGAAAAGACAAAUUACUCGACGCUUCUCUCGCUGUGUGUACGUAGGGACGACUAUGCGAGAGCGGCUAUUUCGGCCCGGCCUGCGAGUACACCUGCUCCGCUUGCCAGAACGGGGCUCGGUGUCGAGCGGACCUGACCGGCUGCGACUGUCCGCCCGGGUUCGUGGGUCUCCUUUGCGGCUCGAAAUGCGAAAAGGCAAGCGAAUCCCCUGCACCACCCUCACCCUCACCCACACCCUCAGCCACACCCACACACCACAACCCCACCCUAUUGCCUCGUGGUGAGCACAGAGACGCGAUUCUGCGACCGGUACCGGAGACGUGUGGGCUAAGGCUC